GUUACAACAUACAAAUGGCGACCAAGUACUGAAAAUUGAUAUAUUUUCAAUACAAUCGGAUAAAAUAAAUUUGGUUAACCUGUAUAUGUACCGUAUCAUCGUGUACUAUCCAAUUUCUCGGGGUAAUUUUCAAUUUUUAGGGCUUAUUAAAUCAAAAUAUAUGUUUAAACGUAACCGUAAUUAGAGAAAAAAAUGGAUAACAAAAAAGACAUUGAUGAAAAUAAAGAUAGCAAAGUUGAAGAAAACUUAGAUUACGAUCAAGCAGAAGUGGCUUCAGGUGAAGAGUUAGACUUAGAAAUGGAUAGAAUACGGAAAUUUUUUGAAGAAAAAUUUAAUUUUAAUAAUUCCUCACAUGCAUCGGACAGUGGAGAAAAAAUUCUAACCGAAGCAUCAUUAGAUGGCAUUGUUGAUUACAUUAAAAAAAAUAAUGUAACAAAAAUAAUUACAAUGGCAGGUGCUGGUAUAUCAACAUCUGCUGGAAUCCCAGAUUUUAGAUCUCCAAAAAGUGGAUUAUAUCAUAACUUAGAAAAGUAUAAUUUACCUCAUCCUCAAGCAAUUUUCGAACUGGAGUUUUUCAGACAUAAUCCUGAACCAUUUUUUGUGCUUGCUAAGGAAUUGCUUCCUGAAGGAUAUAAACCAACGCCAGCACAUUAUUUUAUAAAGUUACUACAUGAUAAGGGAUUACUUUUGAGACAUUACACUCAAAAUAUAGAUACUCUUGAAAGAAUGACUGGACUUCCAAAAGAACAAAUAGUGGAAGCACAUGGAACAUUUUUUACUGGACAUUGUUUAGAAUGUCAUGAAGAAUAUAAUUUAGAUUGGAUGAAAGAAAAAAUAAAAGACACAACAGUUCCGAAGUGUGAAACAUGCAAUGAUGCAGUUGUCAAGCCAGAUAUCGUUUUCUUUGGAGAAAUGCUACCAGAUCAGUUUCAUAUACUUGUAGAAAAAGAUUUUCCAAAGGCAGAACUUUUAAUAAUAAUGGGAUCAAGUUUGAUUGUUCAACCUUUUGCUUCAUUAGUUGGAAGAGUCAAACGAGAUUGUCCUAGACUACUUAUUAAUAUGGAAAAAGUUGGAAUGCAAGACAGAAUAUUGAGAAUGUUAGGUCUUGGAGAGGGAAUGAGUUUUGAGUCACCUAAUGCUCGAGAUGUAGCAUGGCUAGGUGAAUGCGAUAAAGGGAUUCAAUUAUUAGCAGAUAAACUUGGAUGGGGAGAUGAAUUAAAAGACUUAAUAUUAAAAGAACAUGAACGUUUAGAAAAAGAAUUUAUUGAAUCAAAAAAAGCACCUACAAAAAAAGAUUGCCAUUCUGGAGCUGAAAAAAUGACUUUGUUUGAGGUUCUCACCGAGAGCAACGUAAAGAAAAAAUACUAAAUUAAAUGAAUUAACGAUUAACGGUAGAAAGAAUUUCGUUGCAUAACGAAAAUAGAGGCCAAUGGUAAUCUUGAGGAGAAAACCAUAAAUCCUACAAACUUUAACAAUGAUUUUCAAGAUGGGCAUAUAAUAAAAACAAUGAUUACAAAUUCGUGCAUAGAAAUUUAGCGUGAAAAUGGUGAGUGGUUUCAAGGUGAAAAGAAUAUCGCAGCGUUUACAUCGUAUGUCAUCUUAUUAAUAAGUAUAUUUUAGUUCACAUUACUGAACUCUGACAUCACGACUACUCACUGUUAAUUACUAUAUUACUUCUGUUUUGGAUACUCUAACGAUAGAAUACGAGUAAACUGAAUGAAUUAAUGGUUAUGUGCAUAGACAUUCUUAUAUAUUGGCCUCCUGUGUUGCUCACCAGCUGCAUCUCGAUAAAACAACGUUAACAAUUUUCCGAUGCUCUGAUGAUUGUGUAAAAUAAAAACUUGGAAAUAAACUGUUAAUUCAG